AUUCAUUGUCUGCCUUGAAGCCAUACAACACAUAUAGUUUUUUUUAUAAGUCUACCAACAACAAAUAUCAAAUAAAUAUAAUAACAAAUACUACGAUGGAUAACAAUUCGUGCCAAAAUUUCUCAUUCGGCUCAACAUCCAGCUCUGAGCUGGGGCUACCGCCGCCUUGUGUUACCAAGAAGAAAAAACCAGAUGCGAUUAUUGUGGAGCAGGAGACGUCGCCACAAUGCUCGCAAGUGAUUACAUCGACAUCGUCGUCCUCCUCGACCACCAUAUCGAUGGGGGCCUUCGACUCCGAUUGCCAUUUCAACAAAGCCCUGGUUAAAGAGCCUCCCAAUAUUGACUAUGAAGUGAAUGUGGCCAAGGCCAUAAUGCAGCAGUACAGCACAUUGAGUGGCGAUAACUUAUUUGAUCACUUGAGCGAUAUUAUCAAGCGGGUCAUUGAUGAGCGUCCGCCGAAUGUGAUUGAUUUUUUUGAGGAAUUCAGCAGAAAUGUACGCGAGCAGAAAUUUCACUUGCCCGAGCGUUUUCCGCCCAAUGCAAUCUUUGACGAGGUUCGCACCUUCAAGGUCGCAAAGCAGAUUCUCCAAUCAAUGCAGCUACCCUACAAUAUUGAGGGCGAAGACUUGGUUGGUGCAGAAGAUUUAUAUGGCGAAGACGGGAAAACAAAUGAUGAAGAAGAGCUACGGUUAGCCAUCGAUGACUCCAUGCGUCUGUUUGUGACCUUCAACGAACGCGUCCAGCAACUGCAGUUCUAUUGGAAUCAGUGCGGCUUCAGCAUUAGCAGUGAUGACAUCUUCCAGUUGGCCUGCGCCAUGAACCGACUGCAGACACACUCCUCGAUAAUGCAGUGCCGCUUUUGGGGCUGCAUCAAUGGGUUGAAGGCCUCAUACUAUAUAGUGGAGGCCACGCUCACUCGCGAGGAAAUACAAUCCCGUAUGGCGAUGAUGGAGGACGAGCUGCGAGAGAAGCAGCUGCCCAUCAAGAUGCGCCGGGACAGAGAGGAGCGACCACUGCCGCCGCACAUUGGUCCAGAACUCACUCCAGGCAUCUACGGUUGGGAAAAUUAUCCAUUUGAAGAGCUAGAUAUCAUGGAGCCAAAAGCAGCAGAUGUCCCCCUGGUGGAGGAAAUUGAGUUCUACGAUAUACCGCCCGAGUACAUUGGCGUUGGCUGCAAUCGCUAUUCGUACUUUGUGGUCAAUUCCUUGUCCGAUGAUUGGAUUGAGCUGCCCAUAGUGACGCCCCGCCAAGUGGUCGUCUCGCGGCAAAUCAAGAAGUUUCUCACUGGCGAUCUGGAAGCGGAUGUUAUCUCGUAUCCAUGCUUUCCCGGCAAGGAAAAGCAUUACCUGCGCGCCAUGAUCGGCCGCAUUACGGCUGGCACCUACAUCGCCCCCAUAGGCUAUUACAGACGCAUGACCAAAAAGGAGAAGCGAAUGUUCGAGGGCAAUGAUCUCGAUGAAGGGGAGGAAGAGGAGGAGGAGGAGGAGGUGGAAGAAAAUUUAAACGAAGGCGAAGAAGAUCAAAUUGAAGAUAACGACGUUAUGCUUUUAAAAAAUGAAAAAUAUGAAAUAGAACCGCUGGGAUCCUUGUCCACUCCAGUGGCAUGGGUCCACGUCCGAUCGAAUAUACUGAACCAGGGUCGGGUCAUGUGGUUUGAUGAGGAAAAGGCCCAAAAGGAGCGGGAGAAGGCUCUAGCUCUAUAUUUGAAAAUGCGACUCUUGGAGGAAAUGGGAGAAGAGAUGGAGGAGGAGGAAGAAGAGGUCGAGGAUGAGGAAGAGGGCGAAGAAGAGGGCAUGAUUGAGGGCUUUAAUCAACCGGAAACAGGGCCCAGUAUUUUGUCAUCGUGCGCCAACGACAUGAGUCCGGAAAUAGCAGUGCCAUGGCUGAUACGCCAAACCAGCAAGUACACCAAUCAAAAGGAACGCGUCCUAAUCAUGCAAUCGAACGUGUGGCCAGGCGCCCACACAUUCAUAUUCGAGAACAUUUGCGAAUCAAUAUACUUGGGCUGGGGGCACAAAUACUAUGCACGCAACAUGCCGUUCAAUCACCUGCCCAUGGUGCAGCAGGAGUAUACCCAUGGGGCGGAAGACUUUAUCGAGGCCAGUGAUCCGACUGUUGAGGAGGAGGCUGCCUAUCGCGAAUGGCUGCUCAGCAAGCAAAAGAAGCCCGCUUCUGUUGGGGAAGACAUCGAAGAAUUUGACGAUGAGGACGGGGACGGGGACGAGACCGAUGAUCAAUCUGAAGAUAAUUAGUACAAAGCCCGCCAAGGCCAUAAUUUGUUAAAUUCAAUGUUUCUUGUUUAUUAUGUAUUGAAAUAAAAUGUAUUGUGAUUACAGUUACAA